AGCUAUUUCGGCGGUUCCACACGUCGUUCCUCAAACUCCACCACUUCAUAUACAGCAGAAUCAGCUGACUCUGUUUGUAAAUCUGGUUUUGCGUCUCUGACUCAGUUGUACCUUUCGCUUUCGUUUUAUCUGAUUUUCUGAGUUCCAGAUUCCCAGAUUCACUGGACCAUGGAACUUUGCUGUAUCCAUGGAAAUGUAUAAAAACGAUAGUUCCUCGACUAGUCUCGCGGCUCAGGAUAUGCUGUCCGUGUCCAGAAAAACCAAUGCUGUAAAACUGAAAACUCCCAGGCCGAAUGCAAAGUCUAGGCUGAAUAAGAACCACGACUUGCAGUACGCUCGGGAUCUGUUUUCUCAGCAAAUAGAAAACCAAAUCAAACAGAACAAGAAGUUUUCGGGUAGCAACAGAAAAAAUCAAAUCUCCAUCAACCAUCUCUUGGAUUUCCAGAGUUACCGAGACCUGGAUGAGUACCACAAGAAUCUCAAGGAUGACCGGAGGAGAGGCAGCAACUCUGGCUCGCGGCCCCGAGGCACUGCCCUAGUCCAUUUGCGAGGCAUGACGUUCAUCAACGUCAACUACAAGUUCGUUGUCGAUAACAGAAGACAUUAUCAUGUGCAGGAGUUGGACCCAAACGUGCCCGUAGACACCAGCGAUAUUAUUCGAAUUAUUGUCCCCAAAGGCAACGCAUGUCCGAUUUGUCUUACAGACGAACCGGUAGCGCCGCGAAUGAUCACUUCGUGUGGACAUAUCAUCUGUCUUAAGUGUGUGUUAUCUCUUUUGGAGAGUGAAGUUCCGAACGCAAAGAAGAAGGAAUCACUGGCUGUGGUUGAAAAAUACCGUGAAUGUCCUCUUUGCUCGUCGAUAGUACGUAAAAAUGAGUUGAAACCUGUUUUAGUCAACAAUAUCGACGAGAACCUCGAGACCCCAAAAGUGAAUGACGAAGUAGCGCUUACAUUGAUGGCACGUCCACAAUCGCGAAUCUUUCCUUUGCCCAAACCGUUGAUGAACUAUUUUGAUACCAUAGAUCAUUUCCCCUGGAUAAACCAGCAGAAUCCAGACUGUAACCAGUAUCUGCGGAUCUUCAAGGGGGACUUGGCGUACUUGAUGGACAUGUACGAGUUUGAAAAACUGCAAAUUCGCGCCAAUUACGAGGAAGAGAAACUUCUCUACGGGGAAGAUGACACCUACUUCAAAAUGGCUGUGACUCAUAUUGAUCAAGAGAUUGCCAACUGGACUUCCAAGCUUGCUGAAGAAGUCGAAGAAAAAAGACCAACUGAAAGCACAAAACCUGUUGUACUAGACGUAGAGAAUUCGCAGAGCUACUUCUAUUAUCAAACUGGUUUCAAUUCUGCGACAGCAUAUGUCUUAUCUCCGCUAGAUAUGAAAGUUUUGAAGACCAGCUACAACAGCAGCUAUACUGAGUUGCCUUCUUCAAUCAUCGCUAAGAUUGAGAACAUUAAGUACGAAUACUUGACGCCAGAAGCGUCUUUGACGAAGUACAAGUAUCUUUCUCAUCUUCCUUUGGGAACACAGAUUGGUUUCUUGGAGUGUAACUGGUACCACAACGAAUUUAUUAGUAAGCAAGCGUGGGAAACUUUCAAGGAAGAUCUCAAUAAGAGAUCCAAGAAUUCGUCAAGAAAGUUUAAACGAGAAGAGAAGAACAGAAGAAGAGCGAUGAACGAAGAAGAAAUCAGAACAAGAAACUUCUACAUUCGUGAAAACACUGGACGUGAUGUAGAUGAUUUCAGUGCUGCAGACUAUGCGACUAUGGGCAGUUUAUCUAUCGUGGACAAUCGCGAGUUGCCGGUGCUAACGUCUGAUCAUCAUUCUUCGAAUAAUGAACACUCUUCUGGUGGUGACUCUGAAGCGGAGUAUGAGACCACGAUCUGGGGUACAAAGAUUCGCAAAGCUGACGUUUCCGAGCAGCCGUCUGAUGAAGACGAUUGGGAUGCAGAAGAGAUGAUAAGAAAGGCGCGGGAAGAAAUGGAGAGACAAGAACGAGAAUCGGGUGUCAGUGGCAAGAAGAAGAAGAAGAAAAAGAAGUUGAUACUUCUUUCGUCCAAUUCUGGCUGGUGAAGUAGAGCAACCCGAAGUGAACGAAAGUAAUGAAAACAAGCAAACCAUUUUCAUAGACAUUGUCAGACGACGAUGAUCAUUAUACCAUAAAUAUCCUUCACCAUAAUUUUAUUAUACCUUAGAAAGGCAGAGUAGGAUAUUAACGAAACGAAACGUGCCACCAAUUCAUCUACAAUUGUUAGUCAUAUCAUGAAAUAGUCAUUAAAUUAUUCUAU